AUGGUUCUCAUACAACUGGGAGAACGACCGUCAACUUCUCAGAUCGAAGCCAUAAUAAGCCAAACUGAUAUAGAUGACUUGAAAAUUCAACGACUUUCCUUAUGUUCAGGCAAUGGAUGUAUCGAGAUCGACGAAUUCCUUCAAGCUUUACGAAAAACUCUGGUAAAUCCCCGUGAAGAACGAGAACUACGAGAAGUAUUUGCUGUAUUUGACAAAAAUGGCGAUGGAAUGAUAUCCGUCGAUGAUUUGUUGAUGGUAAUGCAAUCAUUGGGUAAGAAGCUCAGCGAAAAUGACGCUCGUGAAAUGAUCAAGGAAGGAGACGUGGACAGGGAUGGCUUGAUCAGUUUCCACGAAUUCAUCAUGCUUAUCAAAGGACGAACAUGA